GAUGCAGAAUGGCCAUCUGAUGGUGCUGUCUCUAAGUAUUUUCUGCUGCCUUUGAUGUUCCCGGUUAUGUCUGGCACGCAUCUACAUCCAUAAGAGCUUCACGCAACAAGACGGGCCGCCAUGGAGCUGGCCGACGGCACCACAGACAUUGUCCAUCCCGAGGUUCGGGCACACAUCAGCAGCCUCGUUGCAGCGCUGGGAGGCGCAAGCACAGAAGACGAUGGCCGAUACCACCUGGGCGACGAUGCCUUGGAGGUCCUCCGCGACAUCAAGCGAUGGAUUCGCUUCUACGACGAAAAGACGAACCGCAUGGACGUUGCCCGCUGCCUCCACGAGGCGAACCUCAUCGAAGGCGACCUGCUCCCGAUUCUGGCGACCUGGCCCGAGAACGCCACCGACAGCAAAUACAAGUCUCGGAUCGCGCUGUCGUGCUUUGAGAUCAUGGUCCCGUUGACAUGGCCCAUGGAGCGUGACAAGGAGCGGAUGACGGUCAACCAUCACCGGCACAUGCCUGUGUUGGAGCUUGCGCAGGUCCAGUACAAGAGGGCCAUCAUCAACUUUGACGAGGCCCGGAUCCUCCAUGCUGCCGUCAGGACUGCGCUGCCGUCGCUGGCGCUUCCCGCUGGCGACAGGACAGCGCGGGACCAGGGCAUCAUCAAGCUGGUGCUCUUCUUCCUCCGCAACAUGGCCAUGAUUGCGCCUCCUCCUAAUGUCAAGUACGAGGGCGACGAGACACAGAUCUCGCGGUCGGCUACAAUUGAUGCCUUUUCGUACCAAGACAUAUUCCUGUUCCUCCUCACGCUGGCAUCGAACAUGGGCGAGGACUUUAGAACAGAAGACACCGCUGUUAUGGAGAUCAUCUACCAUCUCAUCAAGAGGGUCGACAUUGAGAAGCUGUUCAUGUCAGAGCAGCAGGCGCACAAGGCGAAAGCAAACGAGCUUGCGUCCCUGAUGAAUAAGGAGUCGGCCAUGCACAAGGCAUACGCCCGCAGCGGCCCGACGCGUCACAAUCGCUUCGGCACCAUGGUCUGGGUCAAGCGUGAGGACGGCAAAAUGUCUUCGCUCACAGGACAAGAUGCUCUCACCGAUGUCGCGACACGUAACCUAAAGAUGGACAACAAUAAAGUAUUCAAGCCUCCCCGGAGGACAAGGAAGGAAAACAGAGACGAGAGGGACUUGGGACCACCAGCGAAGCUUAACGCGCGAGCGACCAGUCAGCUCCGUUCGUUUGUCGAAGAGUUUCUUGACUCGGGCUUCAACCCUUUAUUCUCCCACGUUCGCAAAACCAUCGACCGAGAGGCUUCGCAUGUCAUGCAGUACCACAGGAGGCAGUUCUUUUACCUCGUAGCAUGGUUUCUCGAAGCUGAGCGGACACGGCAGGCGUCAAAGAAAGCGUCCAGCAACAAGGCCACUGACGACGUAUCCAGCUUCAGUCUCGUGGCAGGCGUCUUGAACCAGGAGAUGUUCAUCACUCUCAACAAGGCCAUGCAGGAAGCUUACGAGUACAAGGACUGGCAUGAACUGGCUGCUGUGAUGAGGUGCUUCACGCAGAUUCUACUCACGGUUCAGGCAAUGUCUGAGAGCGGCCGGGAGGACGAUGAGGAAAUAGCAGAGAACGUCCUCAGCCGUCUGUUUUACGAGGAGUCAACGCACGAUAUCAUUGCAAAUAUCAUCAGGACCUACAAGGACCAGGGGUUUUACUAUCUGGACGCUGCGACGGAGUUGGUACACCAUUUCUUGCGAAUACUGGAAGCAUACUCGAAGCAGAAUGCUGAUAUGCAGGUUCGCUCCCGCAAGCGAACACGCCGGAAGAAGAAGAAGGAGCAACAGCAACAGCAGGGCACGGAGGACGGCGUUCUGGCCGAAGAACCAGACGAUUCGGCCAACGAUGAGGAGACCGCGGAGCGUACUUCCAAGGAACGCAAGUUUGAUUUCCAACGCUUCGCUGCUCGUUUUACACCACAGGGCGUGGUGGACACUUUUGUCAAGUUUACGCGGUUCUAUCGCGAUAUGACCGACGCCCAGCUGAAGCGUGUCCAUCGGUACUUCUACCGCCUCGCAUUCAAACAGGAGAUGAGCGUGAUGCUUUUCCGUGUGGACAUCAUUCAUUUACUCUACAAUAUGAUCAAGGGCCCCGAGCCCCUGGACAAAUUUUCCAGCGUGUACAAGGACUGGGAAGAGCUGGUGAAGCAGAUCCUCCGCAAAUGCUUCAAGAAGAUAGAGCAGAGACCGGAACUCAUCAUUGAGAUGCUCUUCAGCAAAUUGCAGAGCACCGCUUUCUUCCUAGAGUACGGAUACGAGAAGCAGACUGCUUCCAAGAAGCAGGCGAAACCGGGAGCCGAACUUGUCUUCAAGUAUACAGAAGAGCGAGACCGUCAGAUCGCCAUUGUGGUCGGCGCACUGCUGGACAAGAAUGAGAGUGAUCACAUCAACUGGGUGAAGAGCGUUGUCGCCGAGGCAGAGAGCGAGCGCCGGUCAUGGGCUGCAGCGGAGGAAGCACUGAGGUCAACAGAAAUUCCGAUGGAAGAAUCGAUGGAUGCCGGCGAGCCAAAAGAAGCGAGCAAGCCCUCCCCGAUCAUUGUGAAACCCGACAGUGACGCGAGGCGGACCGCUAGAUUCAAGAACUCGUACCUCCGGCUUUUACUGAAUCUCUGCGGAUGCCAGCUGUUUGGCCCUGCUUCCGAGGAAACGCCCGAGUCUCUCUGGGUAUUCCCGGAAGACGUCACGGCCGACUCGCUCAAGGAUGCACUGCACUUCAUCAACCAGGCGGAGUUCAAUCCUCCCACAUUUGACGACGGACAGCUAGCAGAGAAUCAGCUCAAGAGGAAAACGCAACCCCGCAAGAAGGCAGACUUUGACGACGACGACGAAGGCGACGACAUCGACGACGA